UCUAUAUUAAUCUAUGAUUGACAUCUGACAUUUUAAGGUUAGAACGACCACAAACUUGCACUUUUUAAUUCAAACGUUAUACUCAAACAAACAACCACAAUUAAUCCACCCCAAUCUUCACUUUCACGACACCCAAAUGGCAAAACUGGAGACAGUGCAGACCCUAUCCAAGCACACAGGUCGCGUCUGGAACGUAAGCUGGCACUCGAAAGGUCACACGCUCGCCUCCUGCGGCGAAGACAAGACCAUCAGGAUUUGGUGCCAAGAGAACUCCAAGUGGGUUAACAAAGUUAUCUUGACCGAUGGCCACAAGCGCACGAUUCGGGAAGUGGCGUGGUCCCCGUGCGGCAACUACUUGGCUUCGGCUAGCUUUGACACGACUAUAUGCAUCUGGGAUAAAAAAUCGGGCGAGUUUGAGUGCAACGCCACGCUAGAGGGGCACGAAAACGAAGUGAAAAGUGUCGCUUGGGCUAAAUCCGGUAAAUUUCUGGCGACUUGUAGCAGGGACAAGUCGGUGUGGAUUUGGGAGAUCGCGGAUGAAGAUGAGUAUGAUUGUGCAGCAGUGCUUAAUGCGCACACACAAGACGUGAAGAAGGUGGCGUGGCACCCCAGUGACGACGUUCUAGCGUCCGCUUCGUACGACAACAUGAUUAAAUUGUUUAGAGAGGACCCGUCAGAUAGUGAUUGGAUUUGUGUGGCUACUUUAGAGGGUCACCUAUCGACGGUUUGGGGCGUCAGUUGGCACAAAGACGGUCAGCGACUUGUUUCCUGCAGCGACGACACCACUCUAAAAAUUUGGAAGCAAUAUUUGAAGGAUAAUAACGAAGGAGUGGCUGUUAUAGAUGGCCAAGAGACAUGGAAGUGUGUGUGUACGAUAUCGGGGUACCACAAUAGGACGAUUUACGACGUGUGCUGGAGCCACACGACUGAUUUAAUUGCGACGGCCUGCGGCGACGAUACUGUCCGUAUUUUCAAAGAAGACGACUGCAGCGACGACAACGCCCCCACUUUCAGCCAGAUUGUGUGUGUGGAUAGGGCGCACUCCCAAGACGUGAACUGUGUGUCUUGGAAUCCAAGUUUGCCCGAAAUUUUAGCGUCAGCGAGCGACGACGGCGAAAUAAAAUUGUGGAAAUUUACAGAGUUAUAAUUUUGAUGAUCACUGUUUGUUUUGUAAACUUAGAUUAAAAAAUUAGUGUCAUAA